UCAUUUCACUUACAGAAAUAGGAGUUUGUCGCUGUUGACGAGUUCAGUGUCACAUCUCCCAUUCGCAAUGGACACACCAAGGGUCUGCUCCAAGGUAGAAGACCCCACUCCGGGGCCUCUGUGUGCAUCACCUCCAUCUCGUCCCCCAGAGAUUCAUAAAGAACUCCACAAAGGAAAAAGGCAAUUCAUUUUGUAUUGGACUUAAUUACUCAAUGUCAGAGAAGCACUGGAGAUGGAUAAAUGGCUCCACUUUAAGUUCUGAUGUAUUCUGGCAUCCUGGUUAGCUGAGGCUGAAGAAUCAGCUGUGAUUUACAGGACCCCAGAGCUACUAAAGUAGAAUCUUUGCUUUGCUGGGAUGCUAUAUGCUGGUCAGCUGGAGCUGAGAAUUUAGCAGUGAGUAAGAAGAGACUGGAAUCGCUGAGGUGAGAUCUCCUGGGAAGUGUUUCCUGAGAGCAUACAGAAGCUGUGUUUCAGACAUGACCAAGGCUGUGCCUCGAGCUGGCAGCUGACCUUAGUAGUCACAGCAUAAUGUACUGUGUAUCUUAAUUGCUGAUAACUUGUGGAAAAUGGUCACUUAAAUUUCAAUUGAGGAAGAAUGUUACAUUUCACUCACCCUGAGCUUCCCCUUAGGUAAGAGCUCAAAAUAGAUGGUUACCGGAAUCAAAACAAGAAGUCUCCUUGGAGUUUGGUUAAAAAGAGAGAGAAAGCGAGACCACAUGCUAUACCUUCUUAACACAGUAGCAUGUGAUGGGAACAGACACAGAGAUCCACAGUCAAAGGUUGGGGGAGUACAGGAACCCCACAGGAGAUGGGGAGGAAGUAUUGUAGGGGCAGAGGGUCAAGGAGACCAGGAGAACAAGGCCCACAGAGUCAACUAGCAGGGCUCAAGGGGCUUCACAGAGACUGAAUCAGGGAGCUUGGAUGGGUCUGCACUAGGCCCUCUGGACAUAUGCUGUGGUGUUCAGCUUUAGGGUUUCUGUGGGACUCAAAACAGUGGGAGUUAAGGGCACAUCUAACUCUUUUGUCUCCUGCUGGGCGGCCUCAUUGAAGUUUGCUCUGGGGAUUAUGACUGCGCUUAAUACAUGUUGUUAUCCUGCAUUCAUUGAUAUCACUGAGAAGGAGCUCUUUUCUGAAGGAAAAUGAAGACAGGGAGAGAGGAGGCAGGGGCAGGGAAAGACUGGGAAGAGGGGAGGAAGGGAACUCCGCAGUCAGGAUCCAUUGUAUGAGAGAAGAAUACAGAAAAAUUUUAAAAGACAACAGUGUGUAAGCAGAACAGACACCCAGGUCAAAACCAUGGAGACACCCUCAGAGGCAAGUGUGAUGGGUGUGGACACACAUAUCAGAGCAUUCACAGGGGACUUCCCUUUGAUCAUUUCACUUACAGAAAUAGGAGUUUGUCGCUGUUGUGAGUUCAGUGUCACAUCUCCCAUUCGCAAUGGACACACCAAGGGUCUGCUCCAAGGUAGAAGACCCCACUCCAGGGCCUCCGUGUGCAUCACCUCCAUCUCGUCCCCCAGACACCUGCCGGUGCCCACGUUCCCACAGGUUGGCUCUGGAACUCAGUUGUGCUGGGCUCAUCCUUCUUCUCCUGACCGUGAUUGGACUGAGUGUUUUAGUGCGAGUCUUAAUACAAAAGUCAUCAAUAGAAAAAUGCAGAGUGUAUAUUCCAAGGAUCGCGGCAAGCUCUACAGAGAGUCCAGUUCACCUAAUGUGCCCCAAUGACUGGCUGCCACACCGAAGUAAAUGCAUACAAUUUUCUCAAGAGAGCAGUGUUUGGAAGGAAGGUCUAUCUGACUGUGCUAGAAAAGGAGCCACUUUACUGCUCAUUCAGGACCAAGAAGAACUGAGAUUCGUAAAGGACUCGAUAAAGGAAAAAAGCAAUUCAUUUUGGAUUGGACUAAAUUACUCAAUGUCAGAGAAGCACUGGAGAUGGAUAAACGGCUCCACUUUAAGUUCUGAUGUACUGAACAUCACAGGCGAUUUUAAACGAAACAGCUGUGUCGCCGUCUCAAAGGACAAAGUGGUUUCUGAGAACUGUGCUUCAGACCACAAGUGGAUCUGCCAGAAGGAUCCAAAAUGAGUCCCUGAAACCAGGUGUGAUGACUUCUAACUGGGGAUCCCAUCUCAAACACUCUAUCAUACAGAUCUCUGCUCUCCCUCUGGCUAGACUGUCGACCCAAAUAUUGCACAGUUGGUGACACAAAGCAUGGACUCUAAAACCACUGUGACUCCUACAGAUGCCCGUGUUCUGUUUCUUUAUUCUGAAAAGAGGAGAGAGAGAGACUGAUGUGCCCUUUCAGAGACGUGCUCUGUGGACAGAAGCCCAGACAGCUGAGGAGCACUGGGUUCUAAUCCUGGAGACCGUGUUCCUCACUCUCUGUGUCUGAGGUCAUCGGCAAACAGUACAGAAGACCAUUUGCAAAAUCAUUGAUAAAAGCUCUUAAUGUGAGUACUGAUGGCACAUGCUUUUGGUAACAGCUCAAUGAAGGCUGAGCCAGGAGGAUCACAAGUUCAAGGCCAGCCUAGGUGUGGUGGAUUAAAUGAGGAAUGUCCUCCAUAGCCUUUGACAUUUUACCACUUGGUCUCCAGUUGGUGGCACUGUUUGAGAAGGUUUAGGAGUGCAGCCUUGCUGGAGAAAGUGUGUCCCUGAAGGUGGCCUUUGAAGUAAAAGCCUCACAUGUAACUUGGUCUGCCUCAUGCUUUUGGUUCAGGAUGUGAGGUCUCAGCUUCCUAUUCCAGGCACCAAAAUGGUUUAUGUCUUCUUCCUGCCCUUAUGUACUUCUGGAAACAACAAUAAACUCUUUCUACUGUA